CAGCCCCCACUCCUCUCAGGUUUCCAAACAAACACACAGAAACUGCUCUGUCGCAAGGUGAAGUGCUGGUUAAUUUUUUAUUUUUUUUGUUGUUGUUUUACUUUACAGCAGUUAUUCCGUUAGUAUGCGCUUACACAAGUGUGACUAGCAAUUUUUAAACAGGUUUAAAAACGGUCUCUCCGUUAAUGUGUGAGUGUGUGUGUGUGUGUAUGUGCGUGUGUAAAACUGAAAGUGGGUUGGGCCUCAACAACUCACGGUAUAAAAGUUCGAAUUAUGACUCUAGAACAGUGGACUAAGACUGUAACUACGAUUCAUUUGGAUUCAUUGAAUUAAAUAAAAUGGGAGGGUCUGACUCCCGUCCACAAACUCCACCACGCCAACGAACUCCAUCACCGCCUCGACCAUCUCCAGUAUUUGAUGAACCAUGGAGAAAAAUGCCUUGGGGGAAUAAACAUGAUUUAGAAGAGACACUAAGGAACUUUAAGCUCAGCAAUCCUGAUGUUAAGUUUGUCAGAAUUCUGAUUGUUGGUGAAGUCGGAGCAGGAAAGUCCAGCUUUAUAAAUUCCAUCAAUGAUGCUUUCCAAGGACGAAUCACCUCUGGGGCUCUUGUUGAUGCAACAUCUGGAACCAGUUUCACAAAAGUUUACAAAACCCAUAACAUCAGAGGAAAGGACAACUCCAUUCUGCCUUUUGUCUUCAAUGAUAUCAUGGGACUUGAACCUGCAGAUAAUCAUGGUGCACAUGUACAGGACAUUGUCUCAGCCUUAAGGGGGUUUCUGAAGGAAGGAUACAAAUUUAACCCUGUUAACCCCGUGUCCGAGGAUGACAACAACUACAAAUACAAUCCCAGGGUUUCUGAUCAAACCUUCUGCCUGAUCAACAUUAUAUCAGCUAAUGAUGUGUCGCGCAUGGAUGAUAAGGUUGUUCAAAAGAUGAAAAAGAUCCGUGAGGAGGCUUCAAAAUAUAAUAUGCCUCAAGUAAUCAUCAUGACAAAAGUGGAUGCAGCCUGCCCACUGGUUAAAGAGGACCUGACUAAAGUCUACACCAGUAAUAAGGUCAAAGAACUGAUGCAACAGUGUAGCAAUCUGCUGGGUGUUCCAAUGAACAACAUUUUUCCAGUGAAGAACUACCAUGAGGAGUUGGACACAGAUGUUAACAUGGAUGUUCUGAUCCUCAAAGCAUUUGACCAGAUUGUGAAUGUUGCUAAUGAUGCUCUGAUUGAUCUUAACCACUGUGACGAAAAUGAGUGAAGGCAUUUUUGUCCCCUACACUAGAGUGGCCAUAGCAUAGGUAAUAUUAAUAAAUAAAGCAAAAAUAACAGUAAAUAAAGUGACAUGAUUACCGGUGUUGUUACUGAGGUAUGCCUACUGUAUUAUGGCCUUUUCGUAUCUUUGCCGCGUUUGUAUAAGCGUCUAAGUUAUAUAGCUUUUCCGUUUAUUAUUUAAGAAUCAUCAUCGGAAUUUCAGCUGCACACCUGAUUUACCUCGAUCACCAGGGGGCGAUGUUACACUUUAGUGCCGUCUCAGCUACCUUAUUGGUUUCUUCAACUUCCAUUAGCAAACUGUGUGCUUUUAAAACUCAAUGCUUUUUUCUUUUGAAUUUAGCAUCUGGACAUUUUCUUUUCUUUCUUUUGUCGCAUGCUUUUUUUUUUACCACCACCAGCUUCAGUCUCAGCUAAAUAAUGAGUUUGAUCCACACUUUUUCCACAGUUUUGUCAGUUUUUACAAGGAAGUAAGUGAUUUCUUCCAUGUACAGUUUAUUGUCAGUCAGCCAAUAAUGAUCGCCAUGUUAGAUUGAAAAGUUAUUUUUUGAUUUUCUUUCUAAUAAAGAUACAAGCAGACAUAAA